UUUGGGGGUGCACCCCGGCGGGGCGGCCGGCCGGCCGGCAGCAGACAACGCCUGCAGAGGGCGGUUCUUGUGUUGAGUCAGGGAGAGGCGGGGAACGUUUCCCCGGCGGAGAGGGAGCUGAGCGGGCGAUGGAACCUCGGUAGCUGUCCAGAGUGCAGGACAUGGCCUCGAAACUUCUCCACAGGUUUCGGAGGAAAGCUGAGAAAUGCGGUGUUGCUAAUGAAACGGCGGAAGAUUUCCCCGAGAAAUCGGAACUUUACGACGAGACAGAUGGUGUGUCCGCCCGCCUGAGCGGGACGCUGAGCUUUGGGGAUUCGGAUGUAGCGGGAGAAAACGGGGCCCAAGCUGUGGACAGUGACCCUGACUUUCUAUGCAGCUUUGAGAGUGAUGAGCUUGAGAGGACAGAAAAUCCCUUGGGUGAGCUUAAACACUGCAAUCUGCUUACAAAGCACCUUCAGGAAAGUUGGAAGAAGGCCAAAGUGAAGUUUAUUGAAGAGAAGUUGAUUUUUGAGGUCACAAGCGCUAACGUCAUCCAGGACUCGUCUUCCAAAUAUGUGGCCUACACCAUACACGUGAUAAAGUCGGGAUGUUUCGAUGAAGAUAAGGCUGUGAUUGUUCGGCGUUACACCGAUUUUGCAAAGUUGAACGAAACACUCCACAAGCAUUUCAGAGAGGAUAUGGGGAAGGUCAUCUUUCCGAAGAAGAAAAUCCGGAAAAACUAUACACAUGAAACCAUUGCAAAACGCAGUCGGGCUUUUGAACAAUAUCUCCAGCACAUCCAUUCAAUUGCAGACAUUCGCAGGUCCAAAAUUUUUCUGGAAUUCUUUUACCUUCGAGAUUUAAUAGUGGGUCAAGGAUUAUUACGGGGUGGCAUGUGUGAGGAUGCUAUGGAGACAUUAAUCAACGCUCUGCACUUGCAGCAGAAGCUGUGCUCCUGUGACACAAGCCAUUUACUCUUCACUCUGGCUUCUAUUUGUGUGUGUUACCAAGAGCAAGAUCACCUUGAGGAGGCCCAAGCUUACUGCGAGCGGGCCUUGCAAGCUAUCGAAAACCAAGAAAAUCAUCUUUUACUUGUGCCUUUACUUCAUUCCAAUAUCAGACUCUCCUGGAAAAUAGCUAAAGACAAACGUCAUUCGGAAGCAAGACUCCAACAGGUCCAAGAGUCUGGAGUCGAUGUUUUAAACCAACCUACUCUCAAAGAACACCUUAUUAAAUAUUUAUUAGAAUGAAUUAGACACUAUU